AUGACCAAAGCAGACGUGAGACCAGAUUCGAAUUUGUCAGGACUGGAGCAUCCCACAACCUCGACCUCAAAGAAGGAAAAGAAGAGAAAACCCUAUGUCAAGAGAGCAUGCUUGAGUUGUCAUUCAGCACAUGUAGCUUGUGAUUCAGAAAGACCCUGUCGAAGAUGCAAGAAGAAGGGAAUUCCAUGUGUCGAUUACAUACCCUCCAAGAAAUCUAAAUCCAACAAGACUUCAACCUCUGAUGACGACGAGGCUGAACAGGUGCAAACACUACUAACGGACAACAACAGCCAAUCAGAACCUUCAAACAGCAACGUCGUAGGAGAUCAUCCAACAACAUUACAACAUGAUACAUCAUCGACAACAACAACAACCAACACCACUAUCCACAACACUACACAUAAUCCUUCUCAUCUCUCUUCAUCAUCACCCGAAAAGUCACCCAACAGAAAAAGGAAAAAGAAGGAAAGUUGUGGUGGUGUUCUGCGAGUGGAGACACCCUCUUCCAACCAUUUUCUCAUAUCAUCAUCAGAUCAAGAGGACGAACCUCAAACAUCUUCUUGCAUUUCUAAUCAAUCAUCUUCCAACAAGUACGAUAGCACUCUUACAGCUUCCAAAUCAAGUUUGGUUCAACAUGCCUUGUCCUUAUCGGAAAAGCAAAAUCAAAAGAAAGAAGUGAAAACACUCCCUCUCGUGGUGGAAAAACCAAAAUCCUCAAACACCUUAAUUAUUGAGGAUGAUAUUGAGAAUCCAUUAAUGGCAACAUCUCCAGUCAGUGCUGUGGAUGUUUUAUCAAUGAUUGAUGGAUUUGCAACCUCCCCGACCACCACCAGCACUGCUGCCACAAUACCUAUUACGAUCUCUCAAAAUUCUGUGAAUACAACAACCACUCUCCUCAAUAAUACAGGAGGAGUCUCCACCACCACCACCACCACCACUACAGACACGAACACCACAACCAACAAUUCUGUGAAUACAACCACCACGAGUGGCAACAUCAGUGAAACAACGACCAAACCAACAAGUGUGAUUUAUCCAUACUUUUACAAUCCGUGGUGGUAUAUGGCUCAACUUCAACAAAAUCAAACUUCAGGUGGAACAACUAAUGCUCAACAACAGCCUCAACAACAACAACUCAUGGGCAUUCCACCAUAUCCUGUAAUUUUUGCUCCAAUUCCUGCCACUCAACUCGGUCAACAACCAUUUGUUUAUAAUCCCAAUUCUUCUUCCUCCUCACUUCCAACCACAAGUCAAUUAACACCUACUUCACCCAUGCAAACAGACUCUGCUCCUUCUCCUUCCACAGCAUUUCCAAUGUUUGCCGCAGAUCCCUAUCAUUUAUAUGGUGCAUCAUUUGCAUUUGUUCCAAAGCCAAUUACCAUUGCAUCCAAGUUUGAAGACUUGGAUGUGAAUAGCGAUGGAAUUGUUGAAGAGUCAGUAGCAGGUAUUUUGCCGCAAUCUGAAGACACAAACAAACAUGUGACAGCUAUUAAUGACACGCAUGCAACAACCACCGACAACUUGGCAAUUUUUGACGACAUUGAUUACUUUGAGAGCGAUACGAGCAGAAAUAACGGCAGCAAUUCAGAUCUUUCUGUUUUCACAUGGCAAGACAGUCCCUCUCUUGAGAAGAAGAAGCUAACAAGACCUGCCAGUAACAGAGCAAUUUCGUCUGAUGAUGAGAUUAUUGAUUUAAUCACAUCAGAAGCAUCUUUACUGCACGAAAGAGCAAAGGAGCAGCAGAAUUCGAAUCGCCAAAACGGAAAUGUUGCCAGCAACAGCAUUUCAUCCUCGAGUUCAGACAACCAAUCAUCCUUAACAACACCAGAGGAGAUUAAUUUUGUCAUCAGUCAAGCACCAGAUAAUAUGUUAAUGAAACAAAAGUUGGGAGACAUUAUCAAACAGAUUUGGCAAACACAAGAAAAAUCAAAGCAAGGAGAUUAA